GAGCGCUUUUUAACCAUUCCGCUAUUUACUUUUGUACCUGCUAACUUUUAAGAAAUUCGACGUAGAGGGUCCUCUUAAUGACCCAAUAAAAUGAAAUAAAAGGUCGUUCACUAAAGUCUUUAAUAAGGAUAUCAACAAAAAUUUACUCAUUGAAAAAUGAUGUCGAUAAGCCCACCAUCGGGUUCCUUUCUAAAGUGCUAUGUUUGCGUCUCCAAUGAGGGCAGGAUUUGGAAGGAAGUUAUACAAUGUUGUACCAAAAACGCAAAUGAAUUGGAAAAGAACCUUCAAAACCUCCAGAAUGCUCUGGAGAAAUCCCAUGUGGGGGCCAAAGUUAUUUGCAGGGGAUGCAAUAUGCAGCGGUACUGCAGCGUAUCCCAUCUCAUUCAAGAUCGUCCGGAGCACCAACCCCUCUGCCAGGUGCUGAGGGAUCUGCAGAAGGUCAGGAAGAUCGAUCACCCGCUGUUGCUGCACGGCAAGAUAUCCAAUCGCACAAAGCUGCAGUUCGUCAUUUCCCAGCUAAAGCUGAUCCUGUGGGUCAAGCUGGGCAGACCCCUCACUCCGCGCGAGCAUCAACUAAUAGGGGAUCCCGCCGUUUGCGAUGUCUGCUUCAGCACCGAAGCCCUAGUAGACUGCGAUGGAUGUGCCGGGGUGGCCUUCUGCUCUGCGGAGCACCGCCAACUAGUCAGCGACUAUCACUCUUUAAAGGAUUGCCAAACUCUGGCUCUGAUCGCCACUCCCUUCCGCCAGUUGGACGUUCUAGUCAAUAUCCAGCACUUCUUCCAAAGCUGCCCCAUAAAGGAGAGCCAUUUAAUUGAUGCUUUUCGCAAUGCCACCAGCAUACAGGUCAGCAAUACACCAUGGACCGAUCUGGAAUCGUACCAGCUGUUUGCCACCUGCUCCUCCUUCAGCGGCAUCGCCAGCCUUUGCUUGGCCCUGACGCAGAUUUCUUGGGUCAAUGAUCCGGAUAAAGCUGUCAUCGUGUACAUAGUGGGCGCCACCCAGGAGACCUUGAUAUACUUCCAGGACAUGCACCUGAACUUCUUGUUCCUGCAGUUCCCCAACAUUCACCACUUGGAGUUGCACUUCAUGGGAAAAACACUUGGGCAAAUGGGAGAAAUAGGAUUAGCCUUCAACGAAAGGACCGUCCUGAAACACUUUUAUCCUUUAUCAUUCUCACAAUUUUCAUGCGUUUGCAAUGUGGAUCCUACAUUGAUCCUUAUACUACAACCGGAUUUCAUCGGCACCGGGAAUAUAACCCAGGAUCUAGUCAAUCUUGUACAAAAAAAUGAUCCACCGGACUUUGACUGGCAGGAUUGUCUUCUCAGUAUUAUUCGAACUUUUGGUAUUCCCAUUUGCUAUACGUCGAUCUCACGUCUCAAGGCAAUGUCCGAUUUCACUGCCAUCAAUGAGAUUGCCAGGGAAAAUAAUAUAGACGUCAAGAGAGCCUACAACAUAACGGACAAUCCCUAUCGUGAAAUAUUACCACUGCACAAUCCUGAUCCAUUGGAUCUGGAAAGGAUUGUUUAUGCUAAUAACUACCUAGAGGUUGUUUUUACAAGUAUCAAACACUAAAAAAAGCUACCAAAGACUAUAUAUAGUAAGAUAGGUUCAAAGUAUUUAAAACAACCUAAGACUAUAUCGACUAUCGAUAUUAAGAAAGUUCUCGUCUUAUAAUUAAAGCUACCUCGUUACAUUGACAAGUAUCAAAAUAACCUAAUUUCAAACUACACUAGACUAUAAGAAUUUCGACUACUGAUAUUAAGAAAGUACUCUUCGCAUAAUUUAAACUACAUCGUUACAUUGACAAGUAUCAAAAUUAAACAAUUUCAAGCCACACAAGACUAUACGAAUAUCGAAUACCUAUAUUAUGAAAGUUCUCGUCAUAUACUAGUACUACUAGUAGUUCAAACUAUACGUUACUUAAAAA